UCAGCCCACAUCAUUGCUCUGCAACUCCAAACAGCAACUUCUGAGACCACUUUGAGAACAGGAUGAUCCUGAACAGAGCCCUGAUUCUGGGGGCCCUGGCCCUGACCACCAUGAUGAGUCCCUCUGGGAGUGAAGACAUUGUGGCUGACCACAUUGGCAUCUAUGGCGUAAACGUCUACCAAACAUAUGGUCCCUCUGGCUACUUUACCCAUGAAUUUGAUGGAGAUGAAGAGUUCUACGUGGACCUGGAAAAGAGGGAGACUGUCUGGCGUCUGCCUGAGUUUAGUAAAUUUACAAGUUUUGACCCUCAGGGUGCACUGAGAAACAUAGCUACGGCGAAACAUAAUUUGGAGAUCUUGAUUCAAAGGUCCAACUCUACUGCUGCUACCAACAAGGUUCCUGAGGUGACUGUGUUUUCCAAGUCUCCCGUGAUGCUGGGUCAACCCAACACCCUCAUCUGUCACGUGGACAACAUCUUUCCCCCUGUGAUCAACAUCACAUGGCUGAGGAACGGGCACUCGGUCACAGAGGGAGUUUCUGAGACCAGUUUUCUCAUCAAGAGUGAUUAUUCUUUUCUCAAGAUCAAUUAUCUCACCUUCCUCGCUUCUGAUGAUGAUGUUUAUGACUGCAAAGUGGAGCACUGGGGUCUGGAUGAGCCAGUUCUGAAACACUGGGAGCCUGAGAUUCCAGUCCCUAUGUCAGAGCUGACAGAGACUGUGGUCUGUGCCCUGGGGUUGACCGUGGGCCUCGUGGGCAUCGUGGUGGGCACCGUCCUCAUCAUCCGAGGUCUGCGCUCAGGUGGCCCCUCCAGACACCAGGGGCCAUUGUGAGUCAUACUCCAGAAGGAAGGUGCACUGUUCAUCUUUAAGAACAGAAUAACAGACUUGCUAAAUGACCUAGAGCUAUUUUCUGCCCAAGUCCAUCAUGUACCUUCUCUCCUCCUACCCUCCUCCUCAUACUUCUUCUCUGGGACUUAAGGUGCUGUAUCAUCUAGGAGCUCACAUACAUUUGGGAUUCUCCCCCGACCUUCUAAUUUUUUCUUUUCUCAGUUGUUACCUAUUAUGGGAUCACUGAGAUAUCCCACCCAACUACCUAAUCCACCAAUGACCCUAAACUAAUAUAUCCAUGGAAGAAAUAAAUGCCUUUAUGAGGUCUUUACUGACUUUUUCCCAUCUUUCAUCUCAGGGCUGAUUAGAACCAUGUCCUCUUCUGUUUCAGGCCCUUUUAACCUCAUUUCCCAGAUUAUGUUUCAUGCCCAGUAACACCGGAGCAGCUUAUAGAGACUGAUAAUAUUUUGCUGUCUUAACUGGAUUUAAUAUUUCUGUCUUCCUUUUUUUUCCAUCCUUAGUCACUGCCACACACCCCCAAAUUCAGACAUCAAUGAAGGUAAUAUAUACUCUCUGCCUUUGGUGAAGAUUUGUUAAACAAAAAUACAAAAACCAAGAAGUAAAGUGAUACUUAUUAUAAUAUCACUUUUAAAAUUCUGACAGAGAAUUAAGUUAGGAAAAGGAACUUUAAAUCUCUAAAGUACCAAGAGUCAAAAUUAGUUUUCAGAACCUUUAAUUCUUAAAGAAUUAGUGGUGAUAAGAAAAACUUUCUUCUCCCCUCUCUCACGCUUGAAGAGAUAAGAAUUAUCUAGAUAAGAAAAGAAAUAUGUUUGUUAGGAAAACAUUAGAAUAGGACAAUAAAGCAGGUAUCUGAGAAGGA